AUGACCGGUGCGGGUCAGUGUGCCAGUCUCCAGUCUCCAGUCUUCACACGGUUGCUUCCAGGACGUAUCACGAGAUUCGAUUGGCAUUCGUUUCAUUUCAUAUCUGCUAUCCGCUGUAGGUCAUGGACGCAAUCACAUGGAAGGCGUCGUAAAAUCUUCCGACAGCAAAGGGUUCACUCUAGCCACUCCGCCUGGUCAAGAAUCUUGGAUCUCGCAAAUGCAGAAGUAUACGAAGUAUCAGUCACACGUAUGGCAACAGGUGGCAGAGCGAUAGGAGGUGUGUAA